CCACCCCCCCACCACGACUCACCACCACCACUACACACACACACCCCGCGACCAUCACCACACAACCACGUCUAGUUAACUGAACAAACAAAAUCCACAAUGAGAUUUAAGUUCAGUCAUUUCACGGGGAGAUUAAGUGCGCCUUCACCACUCAACACACCAAGCAAAUUCGGUAAUGUAGUUGAAGGUCCCAAGAUCCAGUACCAACUAGGUACCAAGGUAGCCGUAACAGACACUCCCAAACACAGGGGCUACUACAGUGCCGUCCCCGAGGUGCUCCAGCAGAAGAUGAGGACAUUUCAGAUGCCCAAUGGUCUGCCAGUGCAUGUGAAGGGAGGCCCGAUAGACACACUACUGUACGUCUUUACAGCUGCCGUGUGUUUUAUAGGAUUUGUGGAGAGUUGCCGGGUCUAUUACGUCUUAUCCUACCCUACCCCACCACCUAAGGAUGAAUAGACGUCAAUCUAUCCAUCAACGAUAAGAAAAAACACAGAAAAUGGGUUGAAAAUUACGAUAUAUCCCGAGUUGACAGUUGAGUCGCAAGAUGGCUUUGUUAUCCCAAUGGAAUUUUUUCUAUAUAAUUUCUUAAUCAUUUUCGAUACUAGAUGAAUGGGAGAUUAUCAUUAUUAUUAUUAUUAUUAUUUCAUCGUAUAAUUGUUAUUCCGACCAAUAUUUCUUGACUAAUAUAUUUCAUUAUUAUGUGAAAGCGAUCUUAUCUCAGUAACCUCGCGUGAAGCCAUAUGUUGUAAAUAUCUUUCAAUAAAUAUAUAUCACUA